AUGCAGUACUGCUUUGGGGUGAAUAGUACUAGUGCGGCUGGAGGGCUGGGCUUGUUUUGGAACGAUGCAGUUUCUGUGCAGGUGUUACAGUAUUAUAAGCACUUCAUUGACUCUAGAGUUAUGAUGAAGGAUGGGGCUACAUUCUAUAUGACUUCGGUGUAUGGUGACCCUAUCAAAGGAAGGCGCCAAGCAGUGUGGGAUCAAAUUGUCAUGCUCGACCAAGGUCGCCAAGAUGAGUGGAUAUGCUAUGGAGACUUUAAUUCGUUUCUAUCUUGGCAUGAAAAGGAGGGUGGUAAUAAAUCAGGUGGUAGGGACAUGGAGAAAUUCAUAAAUAUGUUAGAUUCUUGUUCCCUUCUGGAUUUGGGUUCCCAUGGUCCCACCUUUACAUGGAGUAAUAAGCGGAAAGGGAAGGAGCGAAUCAGAGUCAAGCUUGACAGGGCUCUAUCUAAUCAAGCUUGGAGGAGGACCUAUGCGGAUACCUCAGUGAUGGUCAAGGCCGCUAUCAAUUCUGAUCAUGCGCCAUUGGUCAUUGACACGGAGGGUGGGAGAUUUAAAGGAGUUCGGCCUUUCCGAUUUGAGGCGAUGUGGUUUCAUCAUCCCGACUGUGAGCCAAUAGCGAGGAAAGCCUGGGGCCAGCCAACCUCUGAAGGAGUUGAUUUGCCCAUUCUUAACCAGAAUUUCAGCAUUGCCAGUACACAUUUAAAGAGUGGAAUUAUAAAGUCUUCGGACAUUUACAAUCCAAUAUUGGGAGGCUUCAGCGAGAGUUGGAAUGUAUCCAAGGGAAGCCUAGUUCGGUAG